AUGCAUGAAGAGGAUGACAGCGCUGCCAACCCCAGCAGGAGCUCCCGGAUCCUGGCGACAAGGUCUUUCGAUGUGUCCGACUGCGAGGGCUCGAAGGAGCAGAGCGUCAAAUUGUGCGGCUACCUGAACAAACUGACAGGGAUAGGGCCCCUGAGAGGCUUCAAGACGCGCUGGUUUGUGUACGACCCUAGGAAAUGUUACUUGUAUUACUUUAAGACUCCUCAAGACGCCCUUCCACUGGGACACAUUGAGAUAGCGGACGCUUGUUUCAGCUAUGAUGUGGAGGUGGAAGAGGGGCUCUUUGAGAUCCACACCGAGGGGAAGGAGUUCCUACUCAAGGCGCCCAACAGGCAGGUGAUGCAUUACUGGCUGCAGCAGUUACAGCAGAAACGAUGGGACUUUUGCAAAAUGUCUGGCCACAGAGACAGCUGGUGCUCCCCCGCCCCGCUUUUUCCACAUACAGGCCUGGUGGCUAAAGAUGCAGAAGCAGUGGUCUAUGAGAAGCCCAACGAGAGCAUGGAAAGUGUUCGGAGUGACUUUGCUGUGGAGAUGGACAAUGAUGGGCUGGUCGGUCCUCAGUCGGCGCGUAACCCUGUGGCACAACCCAGCGCAGCUCUCAACUCCCUCCGACACUGGGGCUCUGAGAUCAGAAAUAGCAUGUCUCACCUGCGAGCCAGCCGAGGAGUAGAAAACAGACGCAGUGUGUUUCACACAGCCAGCAGUGAGGACUGGGAGAUCGUCGAUCCUCCAAGCAAAGACACAACCGAGCACAAACCCCCACCUGACAGCCAGCGCCGGGAAAGCCCAUCUCAGGUUCAACGAUACUCCAUUGGCUCAGCAUUCACAUUUGACUUCCGCAACCCCUCCAGAAUGAAACGUCCCUUUCACAUGGGCUCCGGGAAACCCAACCGCAGCGCAGAGAGCUCGCCGGUUGAAUGUAACGGGACCAAGACCUCCGAACUGCAGCUCCGCUUUCAGAGCCAGCAGGAGGAGAUCAGUCGCCUGCAGGAGCAAGAGAACCAGCUCAGAGAAGAGCUCGCCAGUCAGAAGGAGUUGGUUCAUCUUCUCCAACAAGCACUACGUAGCUCCCAAUGUGAUUGGCGUUCCACAGUGUCUCCUGUGAACAUGGGGCCUGACGGUCAGGACCAAGCUAAGAAUGAGGUGGACAAAGCCCUGGCAGAGAGGGACACCCAGAUCAAAGACCUCUGUGGACACAUGGAGAAGCUAGCCUUGGAGAAGGAGAGUCUCCAACAGGAGUUGAAGAGUUUGAAGAUCAAAGUUGGGGAGAUAAAUGAACAGCUGGGCAUGCUCAUGGAGACCAUUCAGGCCAAGGAUGAAGUCAUCAUGAAACUUUCCCAGCAGAGUGGUAAUGAAGGAACCCAGUCGGCUGAAUGCAACUCACCUAGUGCAAAUAGGGACCAACAAGAGUUGGACAACCUGAAGGACAGCCUUCAGGGCUACAAAUCCCAAAAUAACUUCUUAAACAAAGAAAUUCUGGAGUUGACGGUCUUAAGAAGAAAUGCUGAAUCCAGAGAAAAAGCACUAGAGGCGAAGUGCACCAGUUUGGAGGCCAAGCUGUGUCAGGUGGAGAGUAAGUACCUGGUUUUACUACAGGAAGUGAAGAGUCCCGUUUGCUCCUCCUCCUCUGAGCAGACCCGUAGCGGAGAGGUCAUCAGCCGCUUACUAGAAGAUGCACUACAGGUGGAGAGCACAGACCAGCAGGAGCACCCUAUCCUCAAACCCAACGCUGUCAGUGAGUAUGACAUUUAUGGCUUCAAAACUGUCCCGGAGGAAGAGGAUGAGGAGGAAAAGCUUGAAGCCAAAAAGAGAGCGCUAGACCUGAAGUCCCUCUCCCUGACAGACCAGGAGACCUCAGUCAGGGUGAAGUGGGACAACUACAUGGCCAUCACCAUGAACAGAGAGAUGGUUCGAUCGCCAGAGCUUAAGGCACUGAUGCGAAGUGGGGUUCCCCAUAACCACCGUUCCAAGGUGUGGAGCUGGUGCGUGAACUUCCAUGUGAAGAAGAUGCGUGAAGAUGUGUCAAAAGACUAUUUCCAGGACCUUCUGUCCACGGCGAAUGAAAAACCAAACCCGGCCUGUAAACAGAUAGAGCUGGAUCUUCUCCGGACGCUUCCUAACAACAAGCACUAUGCCUCUCCUGACCAGGAUGGCAUCCAGAAACUCAGGAACGUGCUGCUGGCGUUCUCCUGGAGGAAUCCAGUUAUCGGCUACUGCCAAGGCCUCAACAGGCUGGCAGCUAUCGCUCUUCUGUAUUUGGAGCAAGAGGAUGCUUUCUGGUGUCUUGUGGCCAUUGUUGAGGUUUUCAUGCCACAUGACUAUUACACUAAAACACUGCUAGGCUCACAGGUAGAUCAGCGUGUUUUGAAGGACCUGAUGUACGAGAAGUUACCCAGGCUUCAUGCUCAUUUUGAGUACUAUAAAGUGGACACCUCUCUCAUCACCUUCAACUGGUUCCUGGUUGUGUUUGUGGACAGCGUGGUCAGUGACAUCCUCUUCAAGAUCUGGGACGCUUUUCUCUAUGAGGGACCCAAGAUAAUUUUCAGAUUUGCUCUUGCCCUCUUCAAAUACAAAGAAGAGGAAUUUCUAAAGCUCCAGGAUCCCAUGACCAUUUUCAAGUACCUUCGGUACUUCACACGUACAAUCUUGGAUGCAAGGAAGUUGAUGAGCUUGGCGUUUGUGGACAUGAACCCGUUCCCACUGAGACAGAUUCAGAACCGUCGCACGUUCCACCUGGAGAAGGUCCGUCUGGAGCUCACCGAGCUGGAAGCCAUCCGUCAGACCUUCCUGCGGGAGAGAGACAACACCCUGGACGGCCGCACACUCAUCAGUGACGACGAGGAGGACAGCUGAGCCACGGCCAAUAAGGGACCAGACCUGAAAAGCUGAUUAGCCAAUCACAUCGUGCCUUAUACUUUUCAAUGUAUUUCACUCAACAAACUGUGACUUCGAGAGACCAAACACCAGUAUUUCUUUUGAUGACUUUUUCAUUGUUUUGUCCAGUGUUUCAUCCAUUUGUACAUUGACCGAAAUCAGUAUUAAAGUAACUAAAGUACUUUGCAUUUAAGUGUUAAUGAUUGGUGUGGAUUGGACAAUUGUCAAAAUUCUGAUACCCCUUAAAUUAUGCUGGACAUAUUGGGAUGUACAAUCCUGAACACCGACAUUUUUUUUUUCUUUAUGCCUUACUUAUUAAAACUUCAUUGGUUUACUUACUCUUAGUAAUCAUAUCAGUACUUGUAUUUUAUUGUAAGAAGCAAAUUCAAGUGCAGUCUUUCUAAAUCUUCAGUACUUUUACUAACCUUCAAUCUAUCCACAAGUACUUCCUGUCUGCUCAGGACAUGAUUAGCAAACCCUGCCAUAUCACGUGAUUUUUCAUAUGUUUCACAAGCAUCAGUUCUUGUGUGCUUAGGUUCUAGAAGCAAAAUGCACAAUUGGUGUCUGUUGGGGUGUCUCAAUGGUCCCCUUAUUGUUUAAAUUCAGGCGUUUCCUUUGUUUUCUGAACUUUUUCUCUUCUUUUUUUAAUAUGAUACAGUGUAAAAUCACACAGUGGGCCCUGAAGCUGCUCGAAAUGAAAAUAAUAAUGUGGAAAAUAUAAGUUUUUUUGUUUUUGUCAAUGGAUUCAAGAAGGUGUUAUUGUUGUAUUUUGUUGCUGAAAUUCACAGACAAUUGAAAAUGGAAUAACAACCUAUAAGGGCCCGUGUAAUGAGGGAAAGGAUAUCUGAAUUACUAGCACUUUUCUUAACUUUCGAGGUCAAAUUUUGCUUAAGUCGUGUAUUACACAUUCAUAUGAAUGCUUGGAAAAGCUGUACUCCUUUUUAAUUUCAGUGCAAUUAAAUCUACUUUUCAUUCAGUGCAGUUAAUAUGUAUUUUACUCCAUUUCAGCAUAGUAUUAGAUAUUAGAUCUCCUGCUAGUAUGACUGCAAAUGUCAAGACGAACUAAAAGUCUGAUUUUCCGUGAGAGCCGGUCUCUCACAAUGACCACGUUUUUGCAUUUGGUCGCACGGCCCUUAAAUAGGAACGUGUUAUUCUUUUUGAAAUAUGUCAUUUUAAGUCGAACUACUGUAGGCCCAUAUUUACAUUUGUUUUCUGUUUUUACAAAUUGCAGUCUCAGACUUGUGAGGACCUUCAUUUAGUUUGUUCAGAUAAUCUUUCAUUUUACCAUGUUAUUUAGCGGUCAAGUAUAUUAUGUGAGGUAGAGUAGUUUUUUUAUGUCUUCAGUGAGUAAGCUAUGAUUUCAAACAAUCUUUGAUGCUGUUUUGUUCAAUUCUUUACGUUUCUGAAACUUGUCUGUUGACAAUAUAAUCCUGCAAAUGUUUUUUUUAUUUUUUUUCAACACUUGUGCAUGAUCAUCCAAUAAAUUUCAAUGGCGCUCAAUGUU